AUGGUGCUUGCCCUCGACAGGUCCACAAGCGCAAGUCUUCCUGCCCAGUCCUUUUGGGACACGUUCAGACCAAAGAACAAGGACGAUAUGCGCAACAAGCAAGCUCAGAGGGCUCUCGCACGGCAGCGUUUACUCACCCUUGCCUAUGGUGACAUGGAGACUGUCCGUAUGCUCCCUAAUAGUUAUGCAGAACUCGAUGCCAUCGCCCGAGAUUGGAUAAAGCCACCGCCAGAGGCAGUUUUCAGUUUACGCGUUCCAGUCGAGUAUGCUUCCCUUCAUGCUACACGAUGGGUAUCUGGUCCCAACAUUUACCUUACAGGCGAGGACUCGUAUCAAAUCGCAGUCAUGGGUGUACAAGGGCUUCGCGUCGAGAUCGUCAGUGGCCCUCCUCCACCUCCAGACUCGGAUGAGCCACCCCCACCUCCUCCGCCUCCUGAAAUGCCCGCUACGUCCAGUCUGGAGUUGACGCCAGGUGAACAUGUCGCACUCGACAUCAUAAACUCUGACGAACUUGACGUCAUUGAUCCACAAAGCUACCCCAAUGGGGCCAAUGCUAUCUACACACUAUUGAAUAAAGUUGGGCCCAAUGCAUGCUUUUACCUUAAGCAUGAUCAUAGUAUCCAACUGCCUCAACUGAUCCUCUACGUGUGCCAUUGCCUCCAAAAGAGCAUUUCAAGCUCUCAAACCCACCUCAUAUUCCCGAUGCAAUACCCUGUGGGCUAUUCGGGCUUAUUCCAGUGGGUUGAUAUUAAGACCGAGGAUUUCAUCCACUGGUUGUGCCGAAGUACCUGCGGAAAUGUGGUGUUGCCUCUCAAAGAAUAUGUGCACUCAACACAUGUUAAAACCGAAGAUUUCUGCCGAAAUCCCUCUGGAAAUAUUGUGUUGCCUCCCAAAGACUAUGUGCACUCAAUAGAUAUUAACACCGAGGAUUUCUUCAGCUGGUAG